AUGAUCUCCACACAUCUACAUCGCUGUAUGCCCAGCAUCGCAUCCCGCCGCUUCGAGUCCAUUCUGUCGCUACCGCUGCAGCUGCCGCGCCUACCCUUCACCAGGACCGCAGACACCAACGCCGACCCCGGCCACGCCUACGAACCGCUGCCCACCAUGGCCGCCGACGACGACACCACCAAGAACCUCAAUACCUCGCCGGUGACGACGACGCAAAUCACCGCCGGCCACGACGAGUCCGAGCUCGUAGGCCAAGGCCUGCACGACAUCGAGGCCCGUAAGGUGCACUGGUGGAGCUACUUCACCACUGUCGACUUCUGGAUCGUCCUCAUCAUCGGCCAGAUCCUCGCUCUGUGUAUCACCUCGACAAACACCUUCACCUCCUUCCUCGCCAACAACGGAGUCUCGAUCCCGGCCUUCCAAACCGUCUUCAACUACAUCUUGCUGUUCCUCAUCUACUUCCCCGUCACCAUCUACAAGUACGGAUUCAAGAAGUGGGGCAAGAUCGUUCUCCGCGACGGCUGGAAGUACUUCAUCCUCUCCUUCCUCGAUGUCGAAGGCAACUACUUCACCGUCCUGGCCUACCGCUACACCAACAUCCUCUCGGCCCAGCUCCUCAACUUCUGGGCCAUCGUCGUCGUCAUCAUCCUCUCCUUCUUCCUCCUCCGCGUCCGCUACAAGGUCUUCCAGAUCGUCGGCAUCAUCGUCGCCAUUGGCGGCUGCGGCGUCCUCCUGGCCAGCGACCACAUCACCGGCUCCAACGGCGGGCCCGGAAUCGACAUGGUCAAGGGCGACCUCUUCGCCCUCCUCGGCGCGACCCUGUACGGCGUCACCAACGUCGCAGAGGAGUGGUUCGUCAGCCGCCGGCCCGUCUACGAGGUUCUCUCCUUCAUGGGCAUGUGGGGCAUGUGCAUCAACGGCGUCCAGGCUGCCAUCUUUGACCGCGAGUCCUUCCGCGAAGCCACCUGGAACGGCCCCGCCAUCGGAUACCUCCUCGGCUACACGUUUGCGCUCUGCCUGUUCUACAGCCUGGUGCCGUUGCUCCUGCGCAUGGCUAGCGCCGCGUUUUACAACAUUUCGCUGCUGACGGGCAACUUUUGGGGCAUCAUUAUCGGUGUCAACGUCUUUGGCUACUCCAUCCACUGGAUGUACCCCAUCGCCUUUGUGCUCAUCAUCCUCGGCCAGGUCGCGUACUUCCUCGCGGGCAGCAUGCUGGGUGAUUCCAAGAAGCCGUGGCUGGGCGACAACCAGGAGAACGGCGUCGCUGGUCUCGGCACGGCCAAGUUGAAAGCCAUCAACGCGGCGCGGAAGAGGCAGAUGGCUGCUGCUGAGCCUCCGGCGUACGCCUGA